UUAAUCGUCACAUAAAUUAUGGGUUAUGGCCAAUGGUUCUAGUCAGUAACAACUAGGGGUAGCUAGGCACUGGAGCGUAAAGGUUUUGAAUUGACCGACAAUCGCUAGCAGACUGAGCUGUCACAGUCAGCCUGUUUCUUUACCGCCUGCUAUGUUAGGUUACAGUCUGGCAAGUGUGGAAGAAGUCACAGUCAAGAGACUCAAGAAGCGACCCGACGUACAUUAUUUACCACAGUUUUCACUAGCUAGCUAGCCUAGUUAGCUACUUUAACCAACGUUAGUUAGGUUAACAAUGUCGUUCAUUAUGACGAAGAAACAUAAAUUCAAAUUUAAGGUAGAUUUCGAGUUGGACGAACUAUCUUCUGUUCCCUUUGUCAACGGGGUCUUGUUCUGCAAAGUACGGCUCCAAGACGGUGGCUUUACUGAAGAGUCCUCUCGGGAGCAGGUCCAGGCUAACUGUGUGCGCUGGAGGAAGAGGUUCUCCUUCCUGUGUAAGAUGAGUGCCAACGCUGGGACAGGAGUACUGGACCCCUGUGUGUGCCGGGUGUCUGUGCGCAAGGAAAUGAAGGGUGGAAAGACCUUUGCAAAGCUGGGUUUUGCUGACCUGAACCUGUCAGAGUUUGCUGGCUCUGGCAGCACCACGCGGCGAUGUCUACUAGAGGGUUACGAUACCAAGAACACCAGACAGGACAACUCCAUACUCAAGGUCGUCAUCAGCACACAGCUCAUGUCUGGGGACCCCUGCUUUAAAACGCCACCGUCCACAGCCAUGAAACUGGGCAUCCAGCAGGCAGAGGCAGGGUGUCUCUACGAAGACAGGAAGGGAGGGGACACCCACACACCCUGUCUCCCCAUACCAGAGCCCCCAGGGAAGUGUGUGUCUGUUCCUGAUGAGCCGAGAGCAUCUGGCCACUCUAGAACAUCCAGCUAUGCCAGCCAACAGUCCAAAGUGUCAGGCUAUAGCUCAGGUCACUCACGUUCCUCCAGCCUAUCAGAGCUAACACACAAGAGGAACCCCUCAGCGGGCUCCACCUCCACAGGCAUCGGCAGUAUUCCUGAACCCAGCGUGGACCGGGUGGCUGAGAGGGAGGCCCGCUCUACACCUCCUGUCUCUGUCACCUGUUCCUGCUCCCCCGUACCUGAACAUCCCCCCACCCCCGCAAAGAGCUCUGCCUCCUCAGAGAGACUCAGCAGGUAUCCAGUGAAGCAGAGCUCGGUGGAGUGUCAGCUGAAGAGGGUAGACGCCACACGGGUCGACGCUGAUGACAUCGUGGAGAAGAUCCUCCAGAGCCAGGACUUCAGCCACGGCCCGCUGGACUCCAGCGCUGAGGAGGAGGGGCUCAAGCUGUUUGUUGGUCCUGGUGGAAGCACAGCGCUGGGAAGCCAACACACCAGGGUUGGCGCAGGGCCCUACGAGCAGGUGGUGAUCAGACGCUAGCCCCCUGGGAGUGGAUGUGUCUCAUAAGGUGCCAGAACACCACAGAGUCUGACAGAGGGAAAUAGUUCUCACCUCUAUGCAGGACAAACCUUUUGUUCCAAUGGGAGUCCAGGUCUGAGGUGUGGAACCUGUGUAAGCCUGCUCCCCUAGUGUUGAAGCCAGGAGGUGACCUGAAGUUCAUGAUUACAACUUGUUCAAUAAUUUUCAGAAGAAAGAGGAUAUAUUGAUAUAUAUACACACACUGUGCAGUCAGAAAGUAUUGAGACCCCUUGAUUCUUUCCACAUUUUGUUACAGUCUUAUUCUAAAAUGGAUUAUAUAUAUAUAUAUAUAUAUAUAUAUAUAUAUAUAUAUAUAUAUAUUCAAUCUACACACAAUACCCCAUAAUGACAAAGCAAAAACAAUUUUUCGACAUUUAUUAAAAGUGGAAAUAUCACAUUUACAUAAGUAUUCAGACCCUUUACUCAGUACUGUGUUGAAGCACAUUUGGCAGCGAUUACAGCCCUGAGUCUUCUUGGGUUUGACGCUACAAGCUUGGCG